UAAAAACUAAAAAAUAUUAAAAUGUUCAAAAUAAAAAAGUUUAUUUGGUCAUUUUGUUUUUUUUUAGGUCUAUUUUAUGACAAAAACUUAAAAAUGUCUAUUUGAGAGAAUUGUCCAUUUUUAAAAACAUCUAUAUUCAUUAGUUUUUUUAAUGUCUAAACAUUUUAAAUAAAUAAAUGUAAGAGGGAUUUUAGCAACAAAAAAGGUAAGAGGGAUGGUAUUUCAUAUGAAAAUAAAAAAUAAUUUGAAAAACUUAAGUAUAUAUACUUGUCACUCAACUCAUGAUCCAACAAUUUAAAAAAUUACAAAUAAAUAAAUAAAACAUUAAUAUUUACUAUUUUUGAAAAAUUUACUAAGUUUUUUUUAUCAUCAAUAUGCUUUAUUUGAUGUCUUGGUACACAUAAUACACGUGUAGGAAUAAGAAAACACUUUGCGUACUUUCUUUAAAAUGCGUUUGGAGGAGAAAUUUUAUAAGAAAUAUUUAUAUUUUGACCCCAAAAAAAAAAGAAAAGAAAUAUUUAUAUAUGUAUAUCGAUCGAAGUGGUAAAGUGUUUUAAUUUUUAUUAAUUGGUUUAUGAUUAAAACGUGACCAUGUAACAUAAUGGUAUGUGUUAUCUCCGCAUAAUGCAUGUUAUCAAAGACGAAUAAAUUGUUAAAAUGUUCCACAAACAUAUAGAAAAUUAUUUUAAGUUCCACUCAUUCGUCCUUUAUCUUUAGUAUAACAACAAAGUAAAAUACUUAUUGACAAAAAACCGUCCAUAACUAUUUGAAAACAAUCAUCUUUUGAUUACCCAAUCGAAACGACGUAUAGAGCGCAAGACGAUCUUGAGUAUCUAUAAUUCUAUAUUAAUCGUAUCUCAAACGUACAAUCUAAGAUUCUCGUAUAUUCAGGGUAUGACUGGUUUUCUCGCUACCACCCGCAAACGCAGCUUUUGCGGUUGGUAGCGGUUGCUGGCGUUUUGCAACAAUCGUUCAAACCGUUCUAAACUGCUCUAAACCGCUCCAAAUCGUUAUGAACCCCAUAAAUUCAAAAGCUGGUUCCAGCUAGCGUUAGCGAUUGCGGGUGUUUGCGGAAAGAUAAAAAAAUUUUUUUUUUUUUCCAAAACAAUAUAAAUACAAAAAUAAAAAAAUUCAAUAAAAAAAUUAAAUUGAAAUUAUAAAAAUGCUAAAAUAUAUCAAUUAUAUUUUAAUUAAUAUUAUAAAACUUUAAAAUAAAAAUAUUUUCUAUAUUUAAAAAAAAUUAAACUAUAACUUUCUAAAUAUAAAUUUUAUAUUUAUUAUAAUAUUAUUAUUUUUGAUAUUUUUAUAAUUGUAUAAAAUGUAAAUAUUGUUAAUUUAUUAUUUAACCGCUGCUGCAUUUGGUAGUUAACAAGUUAUAAGUAUCCCGCAAACGCACUAAUUUCUAACUGCAGAAUCAGUCGUACAAAUCUCUUAAAACCGCUAGAAACCGCAACCAACCGCAUCCGCAAACUCCCGCAACCACAACCGCAACCGCUGCGGUUGAACCAGUGAGGCUCUGAAUCUAACAUAUUUGUUUUCUCAAUAUUGUAAUUAAAAAAAAUGAUGUAUUCCUGUCGCGAUACUGCCUCUUUAAUAGUUGGACUGAAGUUAGUGUUCAAUUUCCCUUUUUCUCCACAGCUUUGAAUUGUGCUUCACAGCCUUCACUUAUUAACUAAAGUGCCACGCUAGUAUCCACAAAACCGUAAAAUCGUUUCCGCUAAUAAUCUUUUUAUAAUUCAACUUGUUAUAAACAGGGCUGAAGUAGUAGGGCGAGCAGUGCACCCUCCCCAGGGCCCACAAAAUUUUUUAUUUAAAAAUAGUAAAUCUAUUAUUUCUAAACAAACAGAAUUCAGAAAUGUUGUUCAAUAAUAAUCUGAUUUUAGGGACACUAAAUCUUAUUUACCUAAAUAAUUUAGUAAUAAAUAUAAUGAAGUUAGCAUUAACUAGUUAAGCCGUUAAGUAUGUUUUUGGAAUAAAUUUAUUUAUUAAGUUGACUACUUCUUUUUUUUUUACAUAAAAUAGUUAUUUCUACAAACUUUUUCCAUGCGAGACAUAAUUUAAAUGUCGUAGUUUAGUAAAAUAGUUGAUUCUUCAAAGAUUCUAACUUAAACUGAAAAUUGAAGUAAACGAAUUAUUUUCUAAAAGUGUCAUUAUGAAUUUACGUUUGCUGUCAUGUUUUCUGUUUUUUUUUUCUAUACACUUGAUCUUGGAGAAAGAUUACAUAUUCUUUCAUUUUUUGGCUAUGUUCUGGUUAAUUAAGUUUACGUUUAGAAACAAAAAUACUUUUCAGUGUUUAUUUUUGAUUAAAAAAGUGAAUAUUUUGAUUUGUAACAACAAUAUUAUGAAUUGUAUUUUUAUAAUUUAUAUGUUAAAGGGUCUUCGUUUCUUUUUUACCUUAGGAUCUAUAAGAUGUUUGAGCCGGUCCUGGUUAUAAACUUAAGCAAAAUAGAGUGAUUAACUUUGUCCUAUUCUCUCGUUAAUCUUAAAGAAAAACUGAGAAAGAAGCUUUACUGAUUUGGAACCUCACUCAUGCAUAUUGUCUAAGUUCUUUUAUAAUAUUUAUUCAGUACAUGAACAAGUUAUAGAUUAGAUUCAUAGCUGUUUUGCAUACUAUUAAUAACACUACUUUUGUUUGAUCGGCAUAAAUAAGACUAUUUUAGCCUGUUACUAUAUCAUAUAUUAUUUUCAGUCGAUAGAAACAAAUUCAAUCAAAAGACAUAUGACUCAGAUCCUUUACUUCAGAUUUACGUUAGUUAACUCAUAUGGUCAACUAAUCAAAAGGCCAAGCCAUUUUAAAAAAGAGGCGGCAAAAGUCAGCACAUGGCUUUCAUUGACUCUUCUUACCUACAACAAUUUUUUUUUUCUUUAAAGACCAUUAACAUAUGUCCCCAUAUUUUCCUUUUUAUAGUAUGAACUUGGUUUUAGAUGGAUUAUCAUUCAAAAGUCCUUAACACAUGUCUUAAUCUCUUAAUUUUAGCUAGGAGUUACAAAAUCAUUUGCAUUAUUAACAUUUUUCACACACUGUAUAUAUCACACAGACAUAACAAACUAAUUAACAGUAACAUGUAUAAAGUAUUUGUGGAUAGUAUAUAUAUAUCUUUUUAAAUCAUUAUAUGAUGACAAAAAGAAUAUAUAUGUAUCGUAAGUGCAUGGGAUCUCGAACGAGCACUUUGCAGAAGUGGAAAUUUGUCAAAUUAUAAAUUGGCUUUUACGACCGCCUUAUCUAUUUUAUAAUGUUUAGCAAAAAUAUUAUCAUUUCAGUGAGAUUCAUGAUCACAAUGCCAUUCUCUAUAUAAAUGCCUCAAGCGUGUGAUGGAAACAUGCACACACCAAUACACCAUAGAGUACAUAAACAUAUAAACACCUUCCAUAUUGAAUAACUAGCACAUAACAUAUGGCUAACAUGAAAGUUUGGCUGUGUUUGUUCCUGAUAUGCGUUUCGUGGUCGCGGUUAUCAGCAUCUCGGCCGCUUACAAACGCAGACGGAAAUAAACGAGGGCGUAUGAUGAGAGAAGCAGAAAAAGUGCUGAAAGCUAAUAUGGAAAAGCUAAUGGAGAGAGGUUUCAAUGAGUCCAUGAGACUUAGCCCUGGAGGUCCCGACCCUCGUCAUCACUGAGUAUGAAUUCUCGUGGAUUUAAAUUUGCAGGGAUGUAUUUUUCUCGAUCGAGAACCGGUUUAGAAGAAAACUGUUUUUGAUCCGUUUUGUAUGUUAGCUUUGUUUGUUCGUGUAACCAAAAUAAAUUGAUGCUUAAGUUCUGCUCAUCAUACAUUUUAUGAAUGUUGCAUGCUUUACGUACCCUAUACAUUCUUUCUAUACAGUAGUUUAGUGGAGACUAAUGCGGAUGUUUGCAUAAGUAUAUAUAACAAGAAAAUGUAAAGAAAUGGUAUGAAAAGUGAGGUUACAUUAAUUUAUUUUAUCCUCUCUUAAUUUUCUAAUUGCUCGUGUCGAUAUACGAUUGAAAAUUUGUUAUAUAUAUUAUUUAUGGACUCUUUUCUCUUCAUCUCCACCAUUAGAAAUAUAUACAAAUAUAAAAAGUGAAAGAUAGUGACCGAAGUUAAAGAAAAAAAAUGAGGAAAAAGAUAACUGGUUUUAAAGAAAUUAAACAUUUUUAAGUUCGAAGUCAACGUCUCUAAUCUUAAUUUUUAUACUCCCUCAAAACCUCAAUUUAAUACUCCAUCCAUGUUUUAGAUAAAUCCAUAACUAUUAAGAUAGUUACUUUUUAUUUUUAAAAUAUUAUUAAAAUAUUAACUAAAAACGGGUGUUUUUCAAAACCAACCCAUAUUUUCAAGUCAAAUCCAAAACCAACCCUU